GAAGUUGUAUAAGUACUGAAGUACCCGCUCAUCGGCCAUCGCUCAUCAGCGAUCAGUAAUUCUGUACUGCAGUACUCAUCAACAAUCAGCCAGCAGACGGCAGUAGUGUAGCUCUUGCAAGUUGCAAUACGCCAAUAUCUCUUGCGUGUUGUAGUGUUUUGCCAUUGCGUAUUGUAGUUCAAUAUUGUACCUACUUAUUACGAUUUAAUUAAAUUAUUAGCCUUUACAAUAACACAUCAUUGCUAGUUGCUACCUACAUCUAACUAUCUAAUUAAGAGUUUUUCAUCUAUUUAAGUUUAAAUUUGUAAUAUUUAUAAUUGUUUUAAUACUUUUGACAAUAUUGUACUGUAUACAUUCAGUUUAAUAUGGGUAAACAAGAAAAUAUUUUUUUGUUUGUGCCAAAUCUAAUUGGAUAUGCCAGAAUAAUUCUAGCGGUCAUUUCAAUUUACUUUAUGCCAACCAAUUACAAAGUUGCAUGCAGUUGUUAUGUGAUAAGUGCGUUAUUGGAUGCCUUUGAUGGUCAUGCAGCUCGAGCAUUUAACCAAAGUACUAAGUUUGGGGCUAUACUAGAUCAACUAACUGACCGUUGUGGAACAAUGAGCUUAUGUAUUGCAUUGUCUAAUUUUUAUCCAAAAUAUAUGUUUUUGUUCCAACUUAGCUGUAUCAUUGAUAUUGCUUGUCACUGGAUAUAUUUGCACUCAUCAAUUUUGCAAGGUAAAACCAGCCAUAAGUUUGUAGAUAUGUCUGGAAAUCCGAUAAUGAAAUGGUAUUAUACAUCGAAACCAGUACUGUUUUUUAUGUGUGCAGGAAAUGAACUAUUUUUUGCAUCAUUAUAUCUGUGUCAUUUUAUUACAGGGCCAAUAAUCGCAGGUCAUGGCUUAUUUAAGUUAUUGUGCUGGUUUUCAAGUCCAAUAAUGUUUGUUAAAACAUUAAUAUCAUUAAUUCAUUGUUAUGUGGCUAGUAUAAAUUUGUCUAUUAUUGAUAUGAACGAACGUAAAGAAAAACAAUAGGUUGUUAGUAUAUAAAACUAUAUAUUAAGAAGAAAAAAAAAGAUUAUGAUAUAGUUUAAACAUUAAUACACAAGUGUGUUAUAUUUUUAAGCAUUCCAUUAUCAUAAUACUACUCUAUUUAUUGGUUCCUUUUAUUGUAGCAGUUCAGAUAUGUACUUAUAAAUUAUUAAAAUGUUUGGUUUCUAGUCAUUGUUUUAAAUGUAUUUAUAUUACAUUUAUUUACUAUAUUUCUUUUUUCAUAGUAAACAUCAGUUUAAUCGAAUUGUAUACUUAUUUUUUUUUUCAAUUAUAACAUGUUUUAAUGAAAGUGAUUUCCAUCAUUAAUAAAUUUUAGUUAAUGUUCUUUCUUAUUGUAUUUCAAAUAAAUAAAUAUAGUAUAUUAAACUAAAUUAAUUUAAACAAAAAUUACAUUAUUACAUUUAUGUUCUAAUUUAAUAUUUUUACUUUACCAUACAAACCAAUUAUCAAGAAUGUGAAUUAGCUUAUAACCUGUCUCAAUUGAAAAGGAAUUGUUUAAAAAUAAAUCAUUACAUUUGAUUUUAAA